ACAAUUGUUUGUGUCUGUAUUGUGAGGAAAUCAAAUAACACAAGUUAUGAGUGACUUUCCCUUUUCAUCCUAUAUAUAGCAGCAUUCCACCACUUUCAACUCAUUUCCUAUCUCCUUCUCUCCAUAAACUUUCUUCAAUCCCUUCAACCUCUCCCUUUUCCCUCUACACAGAAUGGGAAGUGCUGGAAAAACUGACUAUGGUGAGUACACUUAUGAGAGUCUUGAGAGAGAGCCUUACUGGCCCUCAGAGAAGCUUAAGAUUUCCAUCACUGGGGCUGGGGGUUUUAUUGCAUCACACAUAGCUCGGCGCCUCAAGACGGAGGGGCAUUAUGUUAUUGCUUCUGACUGGAAGAAAAAUGAGCACAUGACUGAGGACAUGUUCUGUGAUGAAUUCCAUCUUGUUGAUCUCAGGGUCAUGGAUAACUGCCUGAAGGUUACUGAGGGGGUUGAUCAUGUUUUCAAUCUUGCUGCAGAUAUGGGUGGGAUGGGAUUUAUUCAGUCUAAUCACUCUGUCAUUAUGUACAACAACACCAUGAUUAGUUUCAACAUGAUUGAGGCUGCCAGGAUUAACGGCAUUAAGAGGUUUUUUUAUGCCUCUAGUGCUUGUAUCUACCCAGAGUUUAAACAGUUGGAAACCAAUGUGAGCUUGAAGGAGUCUGAUGCAUGGCCAGCUGAGCCACAAGAUGCGUAUGGACUGGAGAAGCUUGCAACUGAAGAGUUAUGCAAGCACUAUAACAAGGAUUUUGGAAUUGAGUGCCGUAUUGGGAGGUUCCAUAACAUCUAUGGCCCUUUUGGAACUUGGAAAGGUGGAAGGGAGAAGGCUCCUGCUGCUUUUUGUCGGAAGGUAAUUACUUCCACUGAUAGAUUUGAGAUGUGGGGAGAUGGAUUGCAAACACGAUCAUUUACCUUCAUUGAUGAGUGUGUUGAAGGUGUGCUAAGAUUGACAAAAUCUGACUUCCGUGAGCCGGUAAAUAUUGGAAGUGAUGAGAUGGUUAGCAUGAAUGAGAUGGCCGAGAUUAUUCUUGGCUUUGAGAACAAGAAUAUUCCUAUUCAUCACAUUCCUGGUCCCGAGGGUGUUCGAGGUCGUAAUUCAGACAACACACUGAUAAAAGAAAAGCUUGGCUGGGCUCCAACUAUGAAGUUGAAGGAUGGGCUGAGGAUCACAUACUUCUGGAUUAAGGAGCAGAUUGAGAAGGAGAAGGCUCAAGGUACUGAUAUAUCAGUGUAUGGGUCGUCCAAAGUGGUGCAGACUCAGGCCCCAGUUCAACUAGGUUCACUUCGGGCUGCAGAUGGCAAAGAAUGAAGUGGUCAACACAAGGCUGUAGUGACCACCUAAAUGUUUCAAGUGAAGAGCUGCAUUAUAUAUAUAUAUAUAUAUAGUAUGUGUUUAUGUUUAAUUAGGGCUAAGGAUUUCUUAUGUCUCUGCAGGUUGUUUUACGUGUAUUUUAUGUAGUUCUCAUAAGGCACUUCCUGGUUGCUUAAGGUGGUUUACUACACUGGAAGCUCUAAAUUAUUUGUUUGAUGUCUGAA